ACUAGACUGCAAAGUACGAGAUUUGGCGAGAUCAUAACAUCCAAAAUGGCGGAAAUAGAAAAAUAGAAUCUUGUGAAACAAUUUGGAUAGAACAAAACCGGAGCUAAAACUUCACAGACAUGACAAAAGACAGAGGAGAGGAAGGAGACAAGACGGGGAAGACUCACGUGAAGGAGUCAAGGUCAAAAGAAGGGGCUAAGAAAAAGAAAGAAGAAGGAAUACCCACGAAGGUGGUGAUACGGCGUCUUCCACCGACGCUGACUGAAGAGACACUUGUUGAGGAGUUGGGCCCUCUCCCUGAUCAUGACUUCUUUCUGUUCGUGGCAGCUGACAUGAGCUUGGUGCCUCAUGCCUUCUGCCGAGCCUACAUCAACUUCAAGAAUCCUGAAGAUAUUAUCGGCUUCAAGGAUAAGUUUGAUGGCUACAUCUUUAAUGACACUAGUAGCAAAAAAGUGGAGUAUCCAGCCAUAGUGGAGUUUGCUCCAUAUCAGAAGGUGCCAAAAGGAAGAAGCAAGAAGAAAGAUACCAAAUGUGCAACAAUAGAACAAGACCCAGACUACCUUAAGUUCCUGGAAAGUCUUAAGAGUGACAAUGCCGGCGACGCCCCUCCGGCUAACAUUGAGUCGCUACUGGAGGAGAUAGAGGCCAGAGACAGGAAGAAGGAAGAAACAAAGAUGACCACACCCCUCCUGGACUUCAUCAAGAACCGACGUGCAGCUGCAGCUAGAGCACGCGAAGAGGCACGGGAAGAACGACGGCGUAAAGAGGAAGAGAGGCGAAGACGGCGGGAGGAAGAAAGACGCAAACGUCGCGAGGAAGAAAGAAGGAAGAAGAGAGAAAAGGAACGGGCAGAGAGAGCAAAAAAGGAGAAGGAAGGAAAAGACAAAGAUGGGUCUGAUGGCAAGGAUGAGGAGUCUGUCAAAUCUGUUAAGUUACUGAAGAACCCAGAAAGGGAGAAGGACCAGAAAGACACAGAGAAACACAGACCAAAGGACCAGAAGAGGGACAGAACCCCGCCGAGGAAGGAUGACAGACAGGAGAGUGCUCGAGAGAGAAGAGACAGGGAGAGGAGGGAGAGACGAGACAAGGAGAGGGAGAGAAGGGACAGAGACACCAGAGAGGACAGGGAUGAAGAUAGGGAUUAUGGAAAGAAUGUGACAAAAGACAGUGGGGACAGAAAGGAGGCUACCAAAGACGAUAAAGAGAGGGAGAAAGAGCGUCAGCGACAACGGGAGAAAGAACGGGAACGGCAGCGCCAAAGGGAACGCGAACGCAAACAGAGACAACAGUGGGAAAAGGAGGAGCGCGAAAGGAAGAGAAGACAAGAGAGGGAGAAGGAAAAGAAGAGAAACUCUGCUGAAAAGACUGAUGCUGAGCAGAAGACAGACGAUAAAGAACAGCCAGAGGCCAGGCAUGUGCAGGAGCGCCGCCUAUCAACGGAGUCUGACACUUCAAGGAAAUCAGACGCCACAGAGAAGGGGAGAGGGGCUAAAGGUGGCGAGGAUGAUGGGGAGAGAGAACUCACCAAGGAGGAAGCAAGAGCAGAGAGAAGGCGCUUAAGAAACAAGGACCGCCCGACCAUGCAGCUGUACCGGCCCGGGGCUCGCAGACGUCAACAGGACACAGGGAAGGGGAAAAACACGGAGGAGACUGCCAAGGACUCACCCAGGGAGAAGGCAGAAGACAACAAACAGGAGGAAUAGAAUAUCUGGCUCUUAAAUGGAUAAAGUGGGAUUAAAGAAAUAUCUGUGUAAUGAUAA